AUUUAUAUCAUGAAAAACUCAUAAUACAACACUCUUUAAUAGUUUAACUUCACAAAUAACCCCCAUACUAUUGACACACGUCAAAUCUCCCCCCUUCCCCUGUAACGUCCACUGUAAAACCUCACAAAUUCAGGCUUCCAAGCAAACAUUUCCGUACCAAUUUUGACUUUCCAUUUCCAUUUCGUACCAAUUUUGACUUCACAGCCUUCAAAACUAGGUCAAAAUUGGGCUUCGGAACCAGCUUCACCGGCGAUUAUCUGACCGGCGGUGAUGCUGUAAUAACCGGAAUACAAUUAAUAAAUGUCGACGGAGCGGUUAAUUCCGAGCGGUUAUUUGCAAUCGCACAACGGCUCUCAGUUUCGCCGUUGUUCGUCUUUUUGUUCGGAACAUAACCGAAUCUUCGAUGAAUUACCUAAGGCUACCAUUUUAUCGGUUUCUCGACCCGACGUUAGUGAUAUUGGACCGUUGCUUCUGUCUUACACGAUUCAGAUCGAGUAUAAACAGUUCAAGUGGUGCUUGCUAAAGAAGGCGUCACAAGUUAUCUACUUACACUUUGCGUUAAAGAAACGUGCGAUAGUUGAGGAAAUUCAUGAGAAGCAAGGACAGGUUAAAGAUUGGCUCCAACACAUAGGAAUAGGAGAUCAAACAUCAGUAGUGCAUGAUCAUGAUGAACCUGACGAUGGAGCUAUUCCUGUGCAUAAUGAUGAUAGCGUUAAAAAGAGAUCUGUCCCAACGAGGGCUGCUCUAUCAAUUAUCAGGCCAUCAAUCGGGAGGUCAACGGUUUCUGAGAAAGCAAAAGUUGCAAUGCAGAAUUAUCUUAAUCACUUCCUUGGAAACAUAGAUAUUGUGAAUUCUCGUGAGGUCUGCCAAUUUCUGGAGGUCUCUAAGUUAUCAUUUUCUCCAGAGUACGGUCCAAAGUUGAAAGAGGACUACGUUUUGGUUCAACAUUUAAAUCAUAUUCAAAGAGAUGAUGCAAAUGUAGGAUGUUUCAUGUGUUGUUGCAGGAAUAAUUGGCAAAAGGUUUGGGCAGUAUUAAAGCCUGGAUUUUUGGCGUUACUAAAAGAUCCUUUUGACACGAAGCUCUUAGAUAUCAUUGUUUUUGAUGUGCUACCGCCUUCAGAUGGAGAUAAAAAGGAUCAAGUGCUUUUGGCAGCGGAAGUAAAGGAAAGAAAUCCCCUGCGUUAUGCAUUCAAGGUUACGUGUGGGAAUCGAAGUACAAAGAUAAGAAGUACAAGUAGUGCAAAAGUCAGAGAUUGGAUAUCCGCCAUUUACAAUGCAAGUCAAAAACCAACUGCAGGUUGGUGCAAUCCACAUCGUUUUGGUUCGUUUGCUCCUCAAAGGGGUUUGACUGAUGACGGUAGUCAAGCUCAAUGGUUCGUAGAUGGACAAGUGGCAUUUGAAGCAAUUGCUUUAGCAAUAGCAAAUGCAAAAUCAGAGAUCUAUGUUACGGGAUGGUGGCUCUGCCCAGAGCUAUAUUUAAAGCGUCCAUUUCAUGCAAAUGGUGCUUCUCGUCUUGAUGCGCUAUUUGAAGCUAAAGCCAAGGAAGGUGUGAAGAUAUACAUUCUUCUCUAUAAGGAGGUAGCAAUUGCUUUAAAAAUAAAUAGUUUAUACAGUCAGAAAAAGCUUCUUCAGAUUCACGAGAAUGUGAAAGUGUUGCGCUAUCCUGACCACUUUGCUGCCGGCAUCUACUUGUGGUCACACCAUGAAAAAAUAGUAGUUGUUGAUCACCAAAUUUGCUUUCUAGGGGGAUUGGAUUUAUGCUUUGGUCGGUAUGACACUAUUGAACACAAUGUCGGUGAUCGUCCCCCUUUCAUAUGGCCUGGAAAAGACUAUUAUAACCCCAGGGAAUCUGAACCGAAUUCUUGGGUAGACACGAUGGCUGAUGAAUUAGACCGCAGAAAGUAUCCUCGAAUGCCAUGGCAUGAUGUUCACUGUGCUCUUUGGGGACCUCCUUGUCGAGAUGUAGCACGUCACUUUGUCCAACGCUGGAAUCAUGCUAAGAGAAACAAAGCACCAAACGAACAAACGAUACCACUACUAAUGCCACAGCAACACAUGGUUCUUCCGCACUACAUGGGAAGAAGCGAGGAGUUAGACAUUGGAAGUAAGCCUAUCGAUGGAAACCCGACAGGCAUGACACAGGAUUCAUUUUCCUAUGAGUCAUCUUCACAAGAUAUACAGUUCCUUUUACCUCAAGAAGCUGAUGACGUAUACUCUGAAAAUGUCAAUAAUAAGUUGAAUGAGCUGGAUCUGAGAAACCAUCUUGAUCAGUCACAUGAUGAACAUGUAAACCAUGCUAUGCAAACAGCAGAUUCAGCAGUUGAUUUUGAUUUGUUGGACCCUAAGUGUGAAAAUAGCAUGGGGACAACUAGUAUUGGAUCUGACAUGUCGGAUGAGGGGUGUGAGAGUCAAGAGGUUUCUACAAGUGAUAUUUCGCAAAUCGGUCCCCGUACUUCUUGCUCUUGCCAGGUUAUCAGAAGUGUCUGCCAGUGGUCUGGUGGAACGAGUCAAACAGAAGACAGCAUUCAUAAAGCGUAUUGUUCUCUUAUUGAAAAUGCAGAAAAGUUCAUAUACAUCGAGAAUCAGUUUUUCAUUUCUGGCCUCUCAGAUGACGAUGUCAUACAAAAUCGUGUAUUGGAAGCUUUAUACAGACGUAUCCUGCGUGCGCAUAAAGAGGAAACGUGCUUUAGAGUUAUCAUCGUCAUACCACUCUUACCAGGAUUCCAGGGGCGUCUAGAUGAUGGUGGGGCUGCAACAGUGAGAGCUAUAAUGCAUUGGCAGUACCGAACCAUUUCCAGAGGACACAACUCGAUACUACACAAUCUCAAUGCACUUCUUGGUCCUAAAACAGAGGAUUAUAUAUCAUUUUAUGGCCUCAGGACGUAUGGCAGACUUGGUGAUGAUGGUCCCAUUGUUACAAGUCAGGUGUAUGUGCAUAGUAAAGUGAUGAUUGUGGAUGACCGUAUCACGUUAAUUGGAUCAUCCAACAUAAAUGACAGGAGUUUGCUUGGGCAUAGGGAUUCUGAGAUUGGGGUUCUUAUUGAAGAUAGAGAAUUUACCGAAUCAAUGAUGAAUGGAGAAUCUUGGAGUGCCGGGAAAUUCGCUAAUAGUCUCCGGCUUUCUCUAUGGUCUGAACAUCUUGGUCUUCACAGUGAAGAGAUAAGUUGUAUUAGAGACCCCGUAGCUGACAGCACAUACAAAGAUUUGUGGUUAGCAACUGCAAAGGAAAACUCCCAAAUUUAUCAGGAUGUGUUUUCUUGCAUCCCCAAUGAUUCUAUACACUCCAGAUAUGCUUUCCGACAAAGUAUGAAUUCUUGGAAAGAGAAAUUUGGGCAUACAACCAUUGAUUUAGGCGUAGCUCCUGAGAAGCUUGAGGGGAACAUUCCACCAAUGGAGAUGAUGAAAAGAGUAAGAGGGUUUCUUGUUUCGUUUCCGUUACAGUUCAUGUGCUAUGAAGAUUUAAGACCAAUGUUCAGUGAGACCGAGUUCUAUGCAUCUCCUCAGGUCUUUUAUUAGGUGGCCUCGAUUAGGAAGAAAUGUACAUGAAUCAUAUAGUCUUUACAAAGUCACAGUAAUUGUAAUUUAUAUUUUUAUUUUUCAUUUUUCAUUUUGUGUUAUCAGUGUAGAUCAUUGAUUUUGGGUUGAAAUAAGUGUAAAUGUGAAACUCAUUUGUUGGCACAGCCUAAGAAUAAAAGCAGUCGGUGUACAUAUAUGUUGAUCUUGA